GAAGUGACCCCUGACUUGCAGGAAGUAUUGAAGGUUAUUGUAGGAAGUUUUCCGCCAUAACGGCACUGAUUUACCGGAGGGACGAAACGCCGGAAAACAGAACGAUAUGGACUCUCCAAGCAGAAGCCGCAGUCCCAGUCCUGCUCAGAGAGAACACAGUGGACAGUCAGAGGAGGAGUCCAGUCCAGCAGGAGAGAGGCCCCAACAGGCUGACUCUGUUGAGAAAAGCCCCAGAGAGAGGUCGUCCCUUCAGGCCAGUCCUGCAGACCGUCCCCCCUCCAGGAGCCCGGCCUCUAGCAGCUCAGACAGCAGCAGUAGUGAUGAUGAUGAGGAUGAACAUCACGGGGCAACGAGGAAGAUAAGGAGCAGCGUGGCUCAGAUCAAAAGAUCCAGAUCCAGGUCCAGGUCCAGAGAGCGAGACAGAUCCAGCUCCCGAGAGCGAGACAGAUCCAGAUCCAGAGAGCGAGACAGAUCCAGGUCCAGGGGACAUGACAGAUCCAAAUCCAAAUCCAGAGAAAGAGACAGAUCCAGGUCAAGAGAGCGAGAUGGAUCCAGGUCCAGAGGGAGAGACAGAUCCAGAUCCAGAGGGAGAGACAGAUCCAGAUCCAGAGAGAGAGACAGAUCCAGAUCCAGAGAGCGAGACAGAUCCAGAUCCAGAGAGCGAGACAGAUCCAGGUCCAGAGGGAGAGACUGGGAGCGGCAGCAUUACGACAGAGGGCGCUAUGCUCGGGAUCGCUACAACGAUCGGUACGAUGACAGGGACAGGCGCUUUGAGCGGCGGACCAAUCGGGACGCAGAGUUCGAUCACAGGAGGCGGGGUCGCUCCCCUUCCCCUCCGACUGACAGGGAGCCGGUGGCGGCCGAUGAGCCGCCGGUCAAGAAGAAGAAGGAAGAGCUCGACCCCAUCCUGACGAGGACGGGCGGAGCUUACAUCCCCCCCGCCAGGCUGCGCAUGAUGCAGCAGCAAAUCAGUGACAAGAGCAGCCUGGCCUAUCAGAGGAUGAGCUGGGAGGCCCUGAAGAAGUCCAUCAACGGUCUGAUCAAUAAAGUCAACGUUUCCAACAUUGUCAACAUCAUCCAGGAGCUGCUGCAGGAGAAUAUCGUCAGGGGGAGGGGUCUGCUGGCUCGCUCAGUGCUGCAGGCUCAGGCAGCAUCUCCUAUCUUCACCCAUGUAUACGCUGCUGUCGUUGCCAUCAUCAACUCCAAGUUCCCUCAGAUCGGAGAGCUGAUCCUCAAACGCCUCAUCCUGACCUUCAGGAGAAGCUACCGUCGCAACCUCAAGCAACAGUGCCUGACAGCCUCAAAAUUUGUGGCUCACCUCAUCAACCAGAACGUGGCCCACGAGGUUCUGUGUCUGGAGAUGCUCACUCUGCUGCUGGAGCGUCCGACCGACGACAGCGUGGAGGUCGCCAUCUCCUUCCUGAAGGAGUGUGGACUCAAACUGACCGAGGUCUCCCCCCGAGGAAUCAACGCCAUAUUUGAGCGUCUCAGGAACGUCCUCCAUGAGUCGGCCAUUGAUAAGAGGGUCCAGUAUAUGAUCGAGGUGAUGUUUGCCAUCAGGAAGGACGGUUUCAAAGAUCACCCAGUGAUCCCAGAGGGCCUGGAUCUGGUGGAGGAGGACGACCAGUUCACCCACAUGCUGCCGCUGGACGACGAGUACAACCCCGAGGACAUCCUCAAUGUGUUUAAGAUGGACCCAGACUUCCUGGAGAAUGAGGAGAAAUACAAAACCAUAAAAAGAGAUAUCCUGGACGAGGGCAGCAGCGAUUCAGGGGAGGAGGGAGAUGGCAGCGACGAAGAUGAAGAUGACGAAGAUGAGAACGAGGAGGAAGAAGGUGAGAAGGUCACCAUCUUUGAUAAAACAGAAGUCAACCUGGUUGCUUUCAGAAGAACCAUCUACCUCGCUAUACAGUCCAGUUUGGACUUUGAGGAGUGUGCUCACAAACUGAUCAAGAUGGACUUUCCUGACACCCAGACGAAGGAGCUGUGCAACAUGAUCCUGGACUGCUGCGCUCAACAGAGAACCUACGAGAAGUUCUUUGGUCUGCUGGCCGGGAGGUUCUGUCUGCUGAAGAAGGAGUACAUGGAGAGUUUUGAGGGGAUCUUUGCUGAGCAGUACGACACAAUUCACCGACUGGAGACCAACAAACUGAGGAACGUGGCCCGACUGUUCGCUCACCUCCUGUACACGGACUCUGUCCCCUGGAGUGUGUUGGAGUGUAUCAGGAUAAGUGAGGAGACCACCACGUCGUCCAGCAGGAUCUUUGUAAAGAUCCUUUUCCAGGAGCUCUGCGCCUACAUGGGCCUCCCCAAACUCAACCAGAGGCUCAAAGACCCGACCCUGCAGCCGUUCUUUGAAGGUCUCUUUCCUCGUGAUAAUCCCAGGAACACUCGCUUCGCCAUCAACUUCUUCACCUCUAUUGGACUGGGAGGACUGACGGACGAGUUGAGGGAACAUUUGAAGAACGCUCCGAAGAUGAUCAUGACUCAGAACCAGGAAGUGGAAUCCUCCGACUCCUCCUCGUCCUCUUCUUCCUCCUCUUCCUCAUCUGACUCCUCCUCCUCAGAUUCCUCCAGCGAAUCAGAUUCAGACUCCUCAGACUCUUCCUCCAGCAGUAGCAGCAGCUCAGACUCAGACACCAAACACAGAAAGAAGAAGAAGAGAAAAGAACAAAGUGAGGAGAAGAAGAAGAAAGAGAAGGACAAGAAGAAGAAGGACAAAUCCUCUGACAGGAAGCGGGCCGGACGCAAGAACGACGAGGACGACAGUAACGACGAGAAGCAGGCGAGGAAGGAGAGGAAAGGCCGCGCACGUGAGGUGGAGGAGCGCGAGCGUGACCGCGAGCGUGCGCAUGAGGGCGCCCGCCGGAGCAGACGAGACGAAAGAGCCGAAGACGAGGAGGAGGAGGAGGGGAGACGAAAAAUGGACACUCAAGGCAGACAGAGAGACGGAGAGAGAGAGAGGGAGAGAGACAGAGGGAGGGACAGAGAGAGAGAGCGAGAGCGAGGGAGAGAGAGGGAGAACGAUGAGAAGAGAGAGAGGGAGAGAGAGGGAGAGAAGCAGAGGGAUAGAGAGAGGGACAGAGAGAGGAAUAAAGAGAACAGAGACAGGAACAGAGAGAGAGAGGAGAGGAGGAGGAGAUAAAAGCCUUCAUCUCUCCGCUCUGAAGCAGCAGCGAUGGACUGAUGACUGACAGACAAGUGUAUCCUCCCUCUUCUCCUUCUGUCAUCACUCCUUUCUUCACCUCAUCUUGGUGUUUUGGAUUUGGGACCUGUCUUACUCUCUCUAUCUUACUGUCUGUCUGUAUUUUGUAUUAUUGAUUUUUGUUGUUAAUGAAAUGAAAAAAAAAACAUUAAAGUGA